CACAAGUCAUUCCCUUCUUUUUUCUUUCCACCUGCCGCUCUGGCUGCCUUUUGGCGCCGCUGACCUGGGCCAACAGUGCCUUCCAAACAUCACACGAAAAGUUGCUUCUUCGCCUUUGAUCGAUCCAACAAGAUCCGCCAUGUCGUGCAAGUGCAUCGCAGCCAUGAGUGGUGGAGCUCCUUUGAGCCUGCACACCAUCGAACGUCGUGCAGUGGGCAACAAGGAUGUGAAGAUCACCAUCAAGUACGCCGGCAUCUGCCAUUCGGACAUCCACCAGGCGCGCGAGGAGUGGGGCAAGGGCCUCUUCCCCAUGGUGCCGGGCCACGAGAUCGCUGGAGAAGUGGAAGCCGUGGGCAAGGAUGUCACGAAGUUCAAGGUCGGCGACAAGGUGGGUGUGGGCUGCAUGGUGGACUCCUGCCGCGAUUGUUCCUCCUGCAAGGCGGGCGAUGAGCAAUACUGCGCCACCGGAGCUGUGAUGACGUACAACGGCAAGUCCAAGUACAAGCAUUGCGAGGAAUACAACGAGGAUGGUGGCGCUCCAACCUAUGGCGGCUACUCUCAGUGUGUGGUGGUGGAUGAGAACUACAUUUGCAAAAUCCCCGAUGGUAUGGACAUGGCGGGUGCCGCCCCACUGCUGUGUGCGGGCAUCACCGUGUACUCGCCCAUGAUGUACUUUGGCGGCUCGGUGCGUGUUUCGGAGCGCCGAACCGGCGGAGACCGGUCGUCCGGCUCGAUCCGGGGCCCCCUCCGGACGAGCCGCGACGAACGACCUUCGGUCGGCGGCGGAGGCUUGAAGCCUGGGAUGAAGAUGGCCGUGGCGGGGCUCGGCGGCUUGGGUGCCAUGGCGGUGCUCAUUGGAAAGGCCAUGGGCGCCGAGGUCACCGUGCUCUCGCGCAGCGAGAGCAAACGGGAUGAGGCGCUCAAGGAACUGAAGGCAGACAACUUUGUGAUCACCAGCAACGAGGCAGAGGUUGCUGCUGCGAGUGGCAAGUUCGAGUUCAUUCUCAACACUAUCAGUGCCCUCUACGAGCCCCAGCUCUACUUGGGCAUGUUGGCCAAGCACGGGAAGAUGGUCUUGGUCGGUGCUCCGGCGGAGCCCAUGUCUUUGCAGGCCUUCCAGCUGAUCCCCGGACGUAAGACCAUCUCUGGCUCGCUGAUUGGUGGCAUCCGGGAGACCCAGGAGAUGCUGGACUUCUGCGCGAAGCAUGGGAUCACCUGCCCACACGAAUUGAUCCCCGCGGACCCCGCGAAGGUCAACGAAGCCUACGAGCGGGCGGUGAAGUCUGAUGUGAAGUACAGGUUUGUGAUCGACACCAGCACUUUCGCGUGAGGCAAGGGUGCGCUCGUUCUCUCUCCUGUCCAAACUUGAGCAUUCCCACCUGGCCCAUUGCUUCUUAAAGAAGUCAGGUAGGGAUUCUGUAAAGCCAGUGCCGGCGUACCGCUUGGGCACGCCUCUUUAGGCACCUUUUGCCGAAUCGAUUUUCGGUGACCUGCGAGUUGGCCUCCCAAAGCGCGGCUCGGGCCGAAUGUCGCAGAGUCAGAGAACAGACGAAGCGGGGAAGAGGAAA